GUCGUCGUCGUAGUCGUAGUCGUCACCGUGGUUGCAGCAGCAAGUGCACGCGUAGUGUGUGUGGUGUGUGGUGGAUGAUUGUUUUUAAUUUAGCAACCACGACACAACAACUCCUCGCAGCCGGGGCAACCAGCGCCAGCAGCAGCAGCAGCAACCAACAUCGCCAUCAUCAUCAUCAUCGUCAGUCAUGGCUGACCAAAACGAGAAAAUUCUUCAACGGCUGCUGCAACAGGACGGAAACAGCAUUUGUGCAGAUUGUGAUUCGAAAAAUCUCGAAUGGGCUUCGUACAAUAUCGGAAUCUUCCUGUGCACACGCUGCUGUGCAGUACACCGCAGCAUGGGCGCACACAUAUCGAAAGUGAAGCAUCUCAAGCUGGACAAGUGGGAGGACAGCCAGAUUCAGCGCAUGAUUGAGGUCGGCAAUAAGGCGGCCCGAUUAAAGUACGAGAACCGUGUACCGGCAUGCUACCGAAGACCAAAAGAAAACGAUCCACAAGUGUUGAUCGAGCAAUGGAUAAGGGCGAAGUAUGAACGGUUGGAAUUUUGUAUGAUUGAACGCCCCAGCUACACAUCCGGCCGGAUGGAAGGCUUCCUAAUGAAGCGCGGCAAAGAGGACAGCCGGUACCAGCCGCGCAAAUUCAUCCUGUCCGGUCUGCACGACUCGUUACGCUACUUUGUAAAGGAAAAGCGUGAACCAAAGGCGAAUCUGCGAAUAUCGGAGUUGAACGUUGUGUACGCACCGUCGAAAAUUGGCAAUCCAAACUCGCUCCAGCUAACGUUCAUGAAGGACGGCACCACGCGCCACAUUUACGUGUACCACGACGAUCCAGAAGUCAUCAACAAUUGGUACAUGGCGAUACGCUGCGCCAAGCUGCACCGUCUCCAGAUCGCAUAUCCGAGCGCAUCCGAGAGCGAUCUGGUCGACCUCCUAACGCACGAUUUCACCCGGGAAGGAUGGUUGCUAAAGACGGGCCCACGGGCAACGGACAGCUACAAACGGCGCUGGUUUACACUGGACGACCGUAAACUAAUGUACCACGACGAUCCGCUUGAUGCGCACCCGAAGGGGGAAAUCUUUCUCGGCAAUCAGCUGAACGGUUACAGCGUCCGGAUAGGGGCGCCACCCGGUGCCAAAGAUCAAGGUUUCAGCUUUACGCUGUUUACACCGGAACGUGUGUAUAACAUGUCGUCACACAGUGAGCAAGACCGGGACGAGUGGAUUGCCGCAAUACAGACCGUACUGGAACGGCCACUCAGUCCGCAGGAUAAUUCGGUAUGUGCUCGAUUAAUCCGGAAGCGUGGCGGAACCAACCCAAAGAGUAUCUUUACGGGUAGGUAAUAUAGCGUACAAAACUCUUCACCCAAUUUGACGCUAUUAUGAGAAGAUGAUGAGUGCUCGUGC